UGCAACGAUGAACCAAAGCCGUGGCUGUGCCUGGCCAGCCCCACGUCUUGGCAUUUCGACUUGCUGUCCAGCGAGCCAGCCUCGCGCCAACACACCCCAGUCCAGCCCCUGGAAUCGUGGCCGAGUCAUUCACAACUCGAAACCCAUGCAGCCCAUGAUGGCGGCCCACAGCUGGUCACGGUUCCACGCCCCAGUGCUCCUGCGCUGGAGCACCUGGUCCCUUUUCUUCCAUGGACUAUUCCAGCCGAACCCCCGGUUGCUUACCUAGCUGCGAUGCCUGUCUACGCCAACACGCCCGAGGCACGACUGGGCCGCGCCGACUCCAAGAACCCGUCGACGACAUGCAGAGGUAUCACCUCGAGCGGCCGACCAUGCCGUCGUGACCUGGCUGGGGAUGAUGAACCGCCGGCCAAUUCGCGCUUGAGACCCGCGAACAUCCGCACCGAUAACCCGGCCGACGAGAGCCUGUAUUGCUGGCAGCACAAAGACCAGGCGAGCGCCUCGGCCCACUCGAGCCCGGGACCAAAGCCGUCCCAUACGCCCAUUCUUGGAGGCCGGUCCAGUGUGGACACACUGGCCGAACGCCUAGGGCUCGCUCGCACCCAGUCGGAGAAGCCGCAGCACGGAUCCGGUCUACCUUGGGGAAGCGGGAGGCCCUCGAACCGGCCGAACCCGAAGAAAAAAACCACAUUCUGCUGCUGCUUCAGCCUCCCCUUCGACUUCGACGAGGUCGAGCUUCCUCCGCGCCCGAAACCACACCCGGUGCAGCCAGCAUCCGUGUCCACGCCGGGCGGUAAGAAAAAGAAAUCGAACAGACGCAGAGCCUCCUCGCUCAUCCCCGAAGACCUCCCGACGGAGACGGCGUCCCAACUCGUCGCCGAACUCGAGAAGACCGUCUCGCAGCAAGACGAAGCAGGAUACAUCUACAUCUUCUGGCUGACGCCCGAAUCCGAACCGGCCACGCCCCCCGCCGAGGCAGCCCGCUCUCUGCUGGCGCCGCCCGCCACGGGCGACCGCGGCCGCCGACCGAGCGACGUCCUCACCUCCUUCGCCCGGUUAGCCCUCGGAGACGACGGCGACGACAACAACGGCGAGCAGCAAAACAGCCACGGCAAGAACAAGAAGAAGAAGAUCCUCCUCAAGAUCGGCCGCGCCACCAACGUGCAGCGCCGCCUCAACGAGUGGCAGCGCCAGUGCGGCUACAACCUCUCGCUGAUCCGCUACUACCCCUACGUGCCCUCCAGCAGCCCCGGCAGCACGGUGCCGCGCAAGAUCCCGCACAGCCACAAGGUCGAGCGGCUGGUGCACAUCGAGCUGACCGGGCGCGGCCUGCGCGUGGCGGACCGCGAGAAGUGCGAGGCCUGCGGCCGCGAGCACCGAGAGUGGUUCGAGGUCGAGGCGUCGAGGAGCGCCGUGGCUGAUGUGGAUGAGGUGGUGAGGCGGUGGUCGGAUUGGGAUGAGGGGUUGCUUUAG